CCUGCUGCUUCUCGGCCAGGCGGAACCUGCUCUGUUGGGCCCGGUGGCUGCAAAAGAACUUUCUCCCGCCCCAACGGUCGCCGCGGCCAAGCGCCUUGCCCGCCUGGCAGCCUCCCCCGCCUCCUCCUCCUUCCCCCGCGGCUCUGCGCGGCCCUGUCUCCCGCUCGCCCGGCGGUGUCCGCUCGCUCCCGCCUCUGCCCCUCGUCGUCUGCCCCGCCAGCCGGCCUGCCCCGCUGCAGCGAUGUGUGACAAGGAGUUCAUGUGGGCCCUGAAGAACGGAGACUUGGAUGAGGUGAAGGACUAUGUGGCCAAGGGAGAAGAUGUCAAUCGGACACUAGAAGGUGGAAGGAAACCUCUUCAUUAUGCGGCAGAUUGUGGGCAGCUUGAAAUCCUGGAAUUUCUGCUGCUGAAAGGAGCAGAUAUUAAUGCUCCAGAUAAACAUCAUAUUACCCCCCUUCUGUCUGCUGUCUAUGAAGGUCACGUUUCCUGUGUGAAAUUGCUUCUGUCGAAGGGUGCUGAUAAGACUGUGAAAGGUCCAGAUGGACUAACUGCCUUCGAAGCCACUGACAACCAAGCAAUCAAAGCCCUGCUUCAGUGAUGGCGGGAGGCUGACAGCUCUGGAAGAAGUCUCUCCUGUGGCCUCACACUGCUGCCUGUCUGUCUGUCACUCUCUAUCUGCCAGCUUCUUCAGCUAAAUACUUUCAGAGGGGUGAGGGGAGAGAGAAAUUCAUAACAAACCUGACUACCAGAAAAAACCAUGUUUUGGAGGAGAGGCAAAAACCACGAUCAGGCUUUUACUAGGACUCCUGAUCCCGUCGGCCUCUUUUCCAUUCCAAAAAUACACAGCUUAUACCCAAGGGAGAGCAAAGACAAAGUAUACCGUAACAUUUGACCUUCUCAGCUCCCCAGCUAAGUCAUUAAUUGGAUUGUGUCGAGGGUCUGAUUCUACCCAGGCCAACUCUACAUAUUUGUAGCCCGAGCUGUGUGAGCAGCGGUGGCUGCUGUGGUGUAAACUUAGGGUGCUGAGAUAGCAAUUAGCUCUAGCCUUCUGCCUUAAGGUGCACUCUUUGGGGACUCUCCUGGUGUAGUCAUGAGCGCUGCCUGUGGUUGGUGACCAAAUUGUCCCUCAGUGACUUUCAGCUUGACGUGAAAGCUCGGAUAAGUUGAGGAGGGGCACACUCCUAAAUUGCUAGAUGACUGAACAUUGGAUUUCCUCUCCCCUUUCACGUGGAUUUAUUUCAUGUAUCUUUAGGUAAAACUGACUAGUUUUAUUUAUAAAAUCUUAAAUUUUGGAAGUCUAUAGGAGAAACCAUUCCAGUAUGCAUAAUUUUUUCUCCUGUAGAUUCACACAUUUAUAUAAUGUUGAAACACUUUUAAACUCCUGCUGGUAGUAAAAGGGGAUGUAAAACUAGAAACAUAGCCAUAAGCCUGUUAGUGUCAUACAAAGAGAACAGUUGUCUUCGUACCUAUGGCUUUUCUUCAUUUGCUGUUUGACGGGAUUGGCCUUGGUUAUGUGUGGGGAACAAGGAACACUGUUGGAAUGCCUCUCAGACCCAUCUUGGAUACUGAUUACUUACUGCACCAAAGCUAUCACUGGGGUGAGAUUUACUGUUUGGACAAAUUUAACCCCAUCUCUUAAAAAAUAUGCUUAUUACCAGGUUUCCCAAGUUGUUGAUGAACUUCUGCUGAACAUACGCCAGCCCACCUGCAUAGUAUAUUUUUGAUUCUUUUCUAAAUCAUGAAUUGCUCAGAGUGUGACACAUUCAAAAUAUAUUCUGUGUCCUUAAGCAUGUGCCCUAAAAUGGUUCUCAUGACCUGCAGAAAAUUUUUAGACACAUUUUCAAAUGUUUAUUUCAUGAGCAGUACAACUAAUUAAAACACAUACCCUUAAAUUUUGCCAUUAUGCAUUUAAAAUAGCAAGAUUCCAUUGACCUGCCACCCAUAUAAGCUUACUAAAAAAUAUUACAAUUUUUUUCUUAUUCAUGCCAUGCAAUAACUGAAUGUACCUCAAAUUUUUAAAAGGGGGUGGGUGGGUUAGGGACUUGUAUUCAGAUUGUGGAUAAUAAAGAAUAGUGGAUGAUUUUUUUAAGUCAAUGUAGCAUUCAACAGCAGAGUUAAAACGAUCAAGAACAGUCAGCCUGGCUAAUAACAAGUCUUACUAUUGUUGCUGAUUGGUUGGUUGUUGUGUGGGUUUGUGUGUGUGUGUUUGUACUUUUCCCCAUGAACCCUUUUUUUUAUCCUGUGGCUUUUUUCACUUACAGCUAGCCUAACCCUGUAUUUUUUCUGCAUCCAAGAAAACAAUCACAAAAUGGUUUAAAUACUUUGAUACAUUUGGCUAAUUCUGCUAUCUUAAUGCAGCCUAUUAGAGUCGGAUUAAGUCAGUAAUCAGUACUUGAUUACAUCACUGAACUGAAACCUGGAGCUAUCCUCAUUGAAGGUGGAGGGCACUCUAUCAGUCUUCAGCUGUCAACAAGGUGUUUUGAUAUCUUUGUUUUCACCUUUGGCAUCAUGUGAUCUGAAAGGCUUGGAUUUUACCCUCUACACAGUUCUUACCUUUCCACCCUCAGUGUUUUGUUCGAGUUGGCUGUUGCAGAGAGUGCACUGUCCUAUCAUUCCUGAACCUGGUCUGCUUUCCAGUCACCUGGUGGAGAAGCCAUGUGACUCUUGUACAGUUUGCCCUGAUGUUCCCCGUGAUGCAGUAGAGGCUGCUUCGCCGCCUUCUUUCCCAGCCAUUUUGUAAGCCCCAUAAUUAUGAAGAGGUUGCUUGAGAAAAUAACAUAUACACAUAGAAUAGACUGACCAAGAUGGUUUACAAUUUUUUUUUUUAACUAGGUUAUUUAUAAUGUAUUUCUGAACCACUUGGCAGAAAAAUUCACAACACUUACUGUUCAUAUUUUGAGUAAAGGAAGUUAAAACCAUGUCUGCUUUUUUGGUACUACAUGCAUUAGUGAAAGGUUAAGUUUUAUUUUGUUUUUUUUCCCACUGAAGUAAUAUUUAACAUCUCAGCAAAAAACUUGCAUGUUCUAUAGUUUUGUAUGAAGUCAGUCAUUUCGUAUGCACUAUAGCAAUUAAAAACAGGUGUGUACAGACACCUGCGUGUUUACUAUACUAUUGGUAUACUAACAGAUUCCCCCGUGCAGCUUCAGACUGGUAUCUGUAGACUUCCGGUUUAAAUAGAGUAUACCCGAGUAGUUCUAUGCAUAGCUCACCCUCUAAACCCCGUGGGGCAUGAGGGUCAGUGUGUGGAAGCUGCAAGUAGCCCCUUUAUUCAUUGAUUCUUUCUCCCAGAUAAUGGAGUUCAAAUGUCUAUUUACCUAUUUGAUUUAUUUUCCCCUAAAACUUCAACUAAGCUGCUGUUUUCUUCCAUGCAAUAUUGUAUACUCGAGUGUGUGUAGAAGCUGGUGAGAGCGCCCUCCUACAUAAGCAGUUGCAGUGUUUUGCAUGCAAAAUUUAAAAAUUUUAAAUGGUCCUGAUUCUAUUUUGUAAAUGGAGAAACAAUCAUAGCUUUCUAAGCAGUAACGGAGGAAGACUAGUGCUUUGUGCAUUUUGAUAUAUUUGAGUUCAUUUUUUCCACAAUGUAAUACUUUUGACACAAUUGGGUUUCUCAUAUUAUCCUAGUUCAUGUAAAUCAGAAUGCUAAAUAAUACUGUGUUUAAGUUUGUGUUGCAAGAACAAAUGGAAUAAACUUGAAUUGUGCUACA